UUUCUGUGAAACAAUCCGCUCAAGUGCAACGAACAUACACGUGCCCCAAAUAUGCGCAAUGGAUGAGCAACACUUAAACACGUAAACAAACAUGGCACUUGAAGCAAAAUAAGUAAACAAAAUAAAAGCAACAAUGUUUUAACAAGAUUCUAGAGGGGACUCCUAUCCCUGGUGCAGUUAUGGUGUAAAGUUUAUUUCAUCCUCAGAGUUGACAGAGUGGAUGAUUUCGUCACUGCAGCUCAGAAUAACAUGAGACGUAAGAGAAAUAGAUGCAUUCCAUCCCAUCAUCCAAAUAAAUAGCAGAAAAUACUCCACAGCCUACUUAAAUCAUAAUUCCUACAUGUGCCGUAAUCUACUUUUAAUAUUUGAUUAUACACACAACAUGCUAAUGAAUUGACGUUGGCUCAGCCAAAAUGACUUAAGCCUUAAAUUAGCCCAUUUGUGUCAGGGCUUACGGGGAAAACUGCGUUGUUCUUUCUGCUGGGUUGUACCAAAAGUACAGGAUGGCCCGCAUAUGUUUUCUUCAAUUCCGACCACCAAGCCCCUUUUGUGACACUGCCGCCAUGGUUCAGACGUGUUACAUUUUGUCGGUGUGUGCGUGUGUCCUGCGUGCCGACCAGGUGUUGGGCGCGACCAAACAAGGAUACUUUGCAGCAGAAUUGCUGACAUUUUUUGAUAGACAGAUAAGAUGCACAAUAGGAGGCAAACAAAGCAUAGAAAAGAAAUAGGCCCAUGCUUAGUGAAUGAUAUAAUAAAAUCCAAUGAUAAGGUUUCAUCUUGAAACAUAAAUCCAAGAAGGUGGAAAUAGCCAAAUGGACAUUUGUGGCUGAAUUUUAAAUAGGGAGCAGCCCAGGCAAGUAACAAUUCCGACAUUCAAAAAUGCAUAGCUCAGGGUGCUUUUUAACUCGCAUGAGCAAAUUCCGUCUCUUGCUCCCACGGGUUCUCAUUACGGAAAAGGUAAGAUGCUGCUCCCAACAAGCAUGCUAAUUGGCCUGCUGUGCCUGAGCCACGCAGGCGCUGCGAUGGGUUUCGCUUGGCUGCCGGACAACGAUGAACUACGGUCAGCUUUCUCGGUGGCUCGGACCAACAGCAUGGAAGGUGGACCCAAGAUGACGGUGACCUUUGACACUGUCUAUGUCAACAUUGGUGGGGAUUUUGACCCAAAGACUGGCUUGUUUCGCUGCCGCAUCCCGGGGGCCUACUACUUCUCCUUUACAGUGGGAAAGUUCCCUCAUAAAGACUUGUCCGUCAUGCUGAUGAAGAAUAGAAAUGAGGUCCAAGCUAUUGUCUAUGAAGAGAAUGCUGGAGAGGAGAGGAAGGUACAGAGCCAGAGUGUCAUGCUGCAGCUGGAGUUUGGUGACACCAUCUGGCUCCGCCUCCACGGCGAUCCACGCUAUGCCCUCUAUAGCAACACUGGACACUACACCACCUUCAAUGGCUUCCUCAUCUACGCAGACACCUACGACUACCAGACAAACCACCCGCAGCAGCAACGCCCUGCAUACAGCUCCCAGAAGCUUCAACAGGACAACGUGCCAAUGUGGAAUAGUAACCAAGCCACAGGGGACGUUGGGUCUGAUCUGAAGAACACGGUGGGCGAGAAGGAGACACAACAGGAUGACGAGGAGGAGCAGGAAGAGGAGGAAGAUCCACGAUCUGCUUUCUCAGUGGGUCGCACUCAGAGUAUAAUAGGAGUGAAUCAGGCAGGCAUGCCGCAGCACCAGCCGGUCAGCUUUGACACAGCGUUCGUCAACAUCGGGGAGGACUUCAACGUGACGGAGGGGAUUUUCAUGUGCCGCGUUCCCGGUGCGUACUAUUUCUCCUUCAACGUGGGCAAGCUUCCUCAGAAGACUCUCUCUGUCAAGCUAAUGAAGAACCACCUGGAGGUGCAGGCAAUGAUCUAUGACGACAGCCACGGAGAAAAAGCUCUGCAGAGUCAGAGCUUGAUGCUCUCGCUCAAACCCGGCGACACGGUUUGGCUCUACUCUCACCAGAGAGAUGGCUUUGGAGCGUACAGCAACCACGCCAAAUACAUCACCUUCACGGGCUUCCUGGUGUACCCGCACUUAGCCGCCACAACUGCCAUCAAUGCCACCGGUCAGUCACAUGCAGAUAAGAAUCCCUAGCUGCAGCGUCUUGGCUACAAACUAAAUGUUUAAGUUGGAAUUCAUGUAAAUUGGUGCGCAUGAGUGAUUCUUCACGGCUCUUCCAUACUUCCUCUUCCUGUGAAUUCCUUCGUUGUGCUAUGGAGAACUUGGAUUGAGAGCAGAUCUUGAAUAUGAGGAUCUGCUGAACCUGCCGCAAAAGGCCACCCAAAAUGAGACUUAUUUACAAUGCAUCGCCCCCGUAUUUGAGACCUUGAUUGCUGAUGAGAGGCUGAAUAUGUCACGAUCACUGUCCGGAGACGUCAUGCCCAAACGACAGCACAGCUGAAUUCACUUCAAACUGUAGUUUAAUGUCAUUGAAUGGUGUGGCAGAAGUCCUGAAACUUCAAUUUGGGCCAUUGGGCAUGUGCAAUUGAAACAAAUGUGAGCCUACUUCUUAAAGGGGAAGUCAAGUCAACAAGUUUCUUGACACUAGUGCGUUCUAAGCACCUCCACUAGUCCAAACAUGGUAAUCUGAGGAAUAUUGCAUUUGUGGGCUAUGAAUUAAACAGAAAACUCAACCUGUUUUUAUGCAUGUCAGGGGGCUGCCAUUUUGCCUCGUACUGCCAUUUGCUGUCACCUGAAAUUGACAUCACAGUGCCUAAGAGCUCAGGUAACGAUGCUAACAGCUCAUCUGUAUUCUGGGUCGGGUCAUGUUACAUUCGCAGUGAUGGGAUGAGAUGAGACAGAUACAAGCAGGUGGGAUUUUUCUGCUUAAGUUUUAUUCCUCAAACACAAAAUUAAUUGGAAUUCCGUGUUUAGACGAAUGGGGGCACAUAAAACAAAUUGUAAAGACAAUUUCUGACUUUACUUCUCCUUUAAGCUUUGAAACUGGUAUUCAACACAAAGUAGGACAAAAUGUUUCUUCGACCUAAAAGAAUUCCAUUCUGACUCGUGUUUCUGCUUGUAAGUCUUCUUUCUCAUUGACCAAAUUGUUAAAAGCAAAUACAUGAACUGUUUUGUUUUUUUUUGACAAAUGUGAUCAUUGUCAUUUUAAAGCAUCACUCACACUGAAAAAGAGCCACAAGGGCAGCCGAGGACAAAACUUAGUUGCUUUUGGGAUAAGUACAAACUUCAUAUCCAUCCCAUAUGUGCUGUUGACCACAUGCCAUCUUCCGUGCCUGCGGGAGUGGGCAGCAUAAUUUGAUUUCUAAUUCUGGCAGAGUGUAAUUUAUUUCUUAUGAUGAAGACCACUAAGGGGAAAAUUAAAUUUACUCUUCAAGGCCACUUUAAUAUGCGUGUCAGUUUCAUUUUACACUGCGGCGAGAAACAUGAUGUGGUUGGAAAUUGUGAUUACCCAGACAUUAUGAAAUUGUACAGAGUAUGCUGCCUGAGAAACGCAAUCAUUUUUUUGAUUGAUUUUUCCAAUUUGUAUCACACGUAACAGGAUUAUGAUAGGGGCCGCUUUUAUCUGAGCUCUGGUUUUGUGAGGGUGUGUUGAAUGACAAAAGUAUCAAACUUACCAGUUGGAAUAAAAUAUUGAAAGUGUAGCCAUAAAAACAAUAUAACUAAACAAAAAUGAAAACAAAAUAUUUAUUUUCUAUUUUAAAAUAAUAAAUUAAAGCACCUAUACAAAGUCAAAAAUCAUUUACUAUAUCAGAAGUCUCAGAAAUCGACAUGGUUUUACCGACUAUAAUUCGAAAAGCAAGAUUCAAUUUUUUAAGAAAAAGCCUAACAACAUGAGGGGAAAUUGGAAUUAUGGAUUAUAAUUUUCAGCAAAUUAUAACAAAAUGGCUGUCUUAUAAAAAUAUAUUUUCACCUUUUUAGGCUCUGAAGGUAUUUAUCCAAAAUUUGGCAAAAAAGCCCCAUGACAAAAAUAAUAGAAUACAAAGCAACAUUCUAAUCAAAGCAUUUGUACUGCAAUUAGUGAACAAAACACUGAGGAAUGUUUUUUUUUUUUCAUGAAACGCAAAA